AUUCGAGCGCCAUCUUCGCUCUUCGCCGUCUUCAGAAAGGGGCUGCCAUGGAGGCGGAGGCGACGGCCGUUGGGCGCCUCUCAGACACCCAGGUAUGGGGUGCGGGGCGCUGCGGAGUUCGGCCCCUCCGGAAGAGGUUGAAGGCUGCAUGCCAUUAUACGGUUGCUGGCCUUUGUGAAGAAGUUUCACAAGACAAAGAAAUUCAGUUCAGUAAACAAACCAUAGCAGCUAUUUCUGAGAUUGCCUUCAGGCAGUGUGAAUACUUUGCAAAAGACCUUGAAAUGUUUGCCAGGCAUGCAAAACGAAGUACAGUCAACCUUGAGGAUGUAAAGCUUUUGGCUAGAAGAAGCAAGUCCUUGCUGAAAUACAUCACUGAGAAGAGUGAAGAAAUUGCUUUGAAUAGCCUGGAAGAAAAAGAGAAAAGGAAAAAGAAAUCGGGCUCUCGGAAAGGGAGAAGAGCCUCUGAUGAACAGGAGGAACAUGUGGUGGCUGAAAGUGAUGAUUCCAACAUGGCAUGAUUUUAUCGUAUCAAGACUACAUCAUUUUCAACAGGGAGUAAUGAGAUCCUGGGACUGCCUUGGGAUCUUCAGUGGCUGCUUGCCCUUGGGUAGAACUCUUGCGGUUUUCAUUAGUAAGCAAGCAAGCACAAUGCAGUUGGUAUGCCAGUUCCAUUUCUUACAGCAGCCAUGAAAAAUAGAUGCUUUGAACAUUUGGGAAAGAGACAUUUUAAGCAAAUGGAAAACAUUGAUAAGUUUUUUCUGUUUCACUUUACUUAAACAUAUAAUGCAUUGUAUAAAGGCCUUAGGUCAUAACGUAUUAAAUGUAAUUAAAUGUGAAUAACUGCCUUUUUCAUCAGUCCCUGUCUUCAGAGUGGCCAAGCAUUUGCAGAAGAAUUGCUCCCUUUCCUUUCCUUUCCUUAGCAGCACCCCUGCAAGAGAUUUUUUUUUCUUCGAAAUUUUGGGACACAUUGAGUCGUAUUGCAUCACACCAAAGGUCCACCCAGUCCAGCAUCCUGCUUCUGAUAGUGGUCUACCAGAUGUCUCCAGGAAACCCUCAUGCAUGAGGGCAGUAGCCCUCUCCAGCUGCCACCCCCACCCCCCUGCAAUUGGUAUUGAUUGACAAGUUGCCUUUGAAUCUGGAGGUCUGCAUAUGGCCGCCGGAGGUUAGACCUCCUACGUGAGUGAAAACUUUUAUGCUGGAACAUCCCUCAAACUUCUCCAAAGCAAGGUUGGAUAAAAUACAAAAAUAUAUUAGAACCCAAAAUUCCGCUCUGGACCUCACCAAUAGAAGCCAUAGCGGUGAAAAGGAAGAAUAUGAGAAAUGAUUGGCCCACAUAUAGAGAAGUAUUAGAAAUUAAAGAAGGGAAACCAAUGUUGAAAAAGUAUGAGGAAAUUAAAAAAAAUAUCUAACAGAUUGGCUACAAUAUUUUAAAUUAAAUCAAAAAUUUGGAACAGAUGUAAAGCAAGGAUUGGCAACAGAAACAUCAAAAUUUGAAAUGAAUCUAAUUAGAAUUAAAAAGAAAAAUAUUUCCUUGAUAUAUGAUUACUUCUUGGAAUGGGAAACGAAAGAAGAACAGACUAAAGCAGUAAUGAUUAAGUGGGCCCAGGACUUUGGUUACAACAUCCAGAUCGAGCAGUGGGAAAAAUUAUGGGCAGAGGAUAUGAGAUUUACUGCAUGCUAUAGUCUGCGGGAAAACAACAUGAAAAUGUUCUAUUGAUGGCAUCUCAUUCCCCAUAAACUGGCCAAGAUGUAUGGAGGGGUAAGCCCCCAAUGCUGGCGAUGUAAAAAUGACAUUGGGUCAUACUACCACAUGUGGUGGACCUGCCAGGAUAUCAGAAAAUAUUGGAACAGCAUUCAUGAGG